ACCCGCUGCCCCCCGACCGCCGGAGCCCGCAGCCGGGAGCCCGACCGCCCCCGCCGCCGAGGUUCCUGCCUGAAUACCAGCUUGGGAGCUCCCUGCUAUCUGCUGCCACCUCCAACCCCAGCCCCACAUCACCAUGCAUUCCUUGGACGAGCCGCUUGACCUGAAGCUGAGCAUCACCAAGCUCCGGGCGGCAAGAGAAAAGCGGGAGAGGACACUGAGUGUGGUCCGGCACCGAGCUCUGCACAGGGAGCUUGGCCUGGUGGAUGACAGCCCCACCCCGGGCUCCCCAGGCUCCCCACCCUCAGGUACUGUUCUGAACCUCAAGUUUCCCGAGAAGGUAGAGGGACGCUUUACAGCAGCCCCUCUGGUAGACCUCAGCUUGUCGCCGCCCUCUGGGCUGGAUUCCCCCAAUGGUAGCAGCUCGCUGUCCCCUGAACGUCAGGGCAACGGGGACCUGCCCACAGUGCCCACGGCCCCGGAUUUCCAGCCGCUGCGCUAUCUGGAUGGCGUCCCCAGCUCCUUCCAGUUCUUCCUGCCUCUGGGCUCUGGGGGGGCCCUGCACCUUCCUGCUUCCUCCUUCCUCACCCCCCCCAAGGACAAGUGCCUCUCACCAGAGCUACCCCUGCCGAAGCAGCUGGUGUGUCGCUGGGCUAAGUGUAACCAGCUCUUCGAGCUCUUGCAAGACUUGGUGGAUCACGUCAAUGACUACCACGUCAAGCCUGAGAAGGAUGCAGGGUACUGCUGCCACUGGGAGGGCUGUGCCCGUCACGGCCGAGGCUUCAAUGCCAGGUACAAGAUGCUCAUCCACAUCCGUACACACACCAAUGAGAAGCCACACCGCUGCCCAACCUGCAGUAAGAGCUUCUCUCGCCUGGAGAAUCUAAAGAUCCACAACCGGUCACACACAGGUGAGAAGCCCUACGUCUGCCCAUAUGAGGGCUGUAACAAGCGCUACUCCAACUCAAGCGACCGCUUCAAGCACACACGCACCCACUACGUGGACAAGCCCUACUACUGCAAGAUGCCUGGCUGCCACAAGCGCUACACGGACCCCAGCUCGCUGCGCAAGCACAUCAAGGCCCACGGCCACUUUGUGUCCCAUGAGCAGCAAGAGCUUCUACAACUGCGCCCACCCCCCAAACCACCGCUGCCUGCCCCAGACGGCAGCCCCUAUGUCAGCGGGGCCCAGAUCAUCAUCCCCAACCCAGCUGCCCUCUUCGGAGGCCCCGGCCUGCCUGGCCUGCCCCUGCCCCUGGCCCCUGGCCCUCUUGACCUCAGUGCCCUGGCCUGUGGCAAUGGUGGGGGUAGUGGGGGUGGGUCAGGCAUGGGCCCUGGGUUGCCGGGCCCCAUCCUGCCCCUCAAUCUGGCCAAGAACCCACUGCUGCCCUCGCCCUUUGGGGCUGGAGGACUGGGCCUACCUGUGGUCUCCCUCCUGGCUGGCUCUGCAGGUGGCAAGGCUGAGGGGGAGAAGGGGCGUGGGGCGGUGCCAGCUAGGGCCCUGAGCAUGGAGGGCCACAAGACCCCUCUGGAAAGGACUGAGAGUGGCCGCUCCCGGCCCAGCCCAGAUGGACUUCCCCUGCUGCCAGGCACUGUGCUGGACCUGUCCACAGGUGUCAACUCUGCAGCCAGCAGCCCAGAGGCACUGGCCCCUGGCUGGGUGGUCAUCCCGCCAGGCUCUGUGCUGCUCAAACCGGCCGUGGUGAACUGAACCUAUCCUGGUUCACAGCCCACAGCCACCAGCAGCUCCUGGCCCUGCCCCGACGAACAGAAACUCUUCUGCGAAAUAGCAAUAAUGUUCUCCUGCCUCCAGGGCCUGGUUGGCUGUGUCCCACUGGCAGCCCCAGCCCCAGAAAAGCUGGGCAGCAAGGUUGGUGCUAAGUCAUUGCUAGUAUCCCAGGCUCCCAAGGGAGGAACUGCCUGCCGGCCAGGGAGAGCUGAGCUCCUGGGUGCUCAGGCACCACUCACUCUGGCCCUCAGUCCCAUCCUGUCCUCCACCCUGGUGCCUCCCUCACCCAGUGGCCAACCUGGGCAGGUCACCUUCCCUCCCUGCUUCGUCCACCUGCCAGCCACGUCCCAGCAGUGGGGGCAGGUGGGGUGGCAUCUGCUCUCCCUACUGGCAUGGGGUUCCCUCCACACCCCUUCAUGUGUUGAGCUGUGACAAGGAGCCCCAUGACUAAGGGCCCACCCCUCCUGCCUAUCCUCACCAGGCCCCUGCUCUGGGAGCUCUUUGGACCCCUUUCCCUCUGGCCCACCCUCCAGAGGGAGAGCAAGACAGACGCAGGCCUUGGCAAAGCCACAGGAAGAGCCACCUUAUCCUUAUGACAAGGUGCCUCCCGCUUGGAGAGGGAGGCCCGCUCUGCCCGCUGCCCCUCACUACCUACCCAUCCAAAGCAGCCAGCAAUUGCCAAGGGUUAGCCCCUUCUCUGGGUUGGACGAUGUUCUCCAAAGUGAGGGGACGGCUGACCUACUCAGCUGUCCCUUUACCACUGGGCCUCCUCCUUGUACCUUUUGGGGAGCCCUGGAAUAUAAGGAAGGGAGAUGCCAGGACCUUGAGCCUACCCGGUUCAGGGAACAGGUGGGGUAGGCCUGGCCUGGUCUGGGGCAGUGUCCCUUUGCACAAGGGGCCGCAGAAGCCUGCACACUGGCAGGAGGCAGGCUGGGGAUGACCCCAGGCUAGGACGUAGCUCUCAUUCUGGGGGUGCCAAAUCACACCUAGCACAUGGGUGAGGGAGGGCUCCAGGCCAGUGCUGGGCAUGGGAGCUUUCCAGAGGCCAUGGACUGAGGCCCUAGGCUUGGGGAAUGGUGAAGCAGCUAAGGACAGCCACAGGAGGGGGAAGCUGGAGAGAGGAGCCUGGAUUUGUGAUACUAUUUCCUUUGGCUUUUCCUAGCUGAGCCCAUCCUACAGGUAUUUUCCUUUUACUCCCAUGGGUCAGGAUAAGUCAAGGAUGCUGACACUCCAUGUGCCCACUGCCCAAUCCCCAGGGGAGGGGGCUCUCCCACCAGGCCCUGAGGACACGGCAUUUGCUUCCCCCACCCUGGGCCCUUGCUGUGCCCUCAGCUGGUCUGGUGCAGUCUAUGAGGUGUUAGCCUGGCCAUCAGGAGCUCUGGCUCCUAGGCCUGCCCUGUCUUUGGCCUCUGAGCAAGCCGUCCCUUUCCCUGGCUAUAGAACAAGGCAGCUGCAGGACAGCAGUAGGGUUCUUAGCAGCCCUGUGGUUCCAGGGUUCCCCUGCUGUUCUUGAGCAGCUCUGCUGACCCCCACGCUUUCCUGGACUGCCCUUCUGUCCCAGAGGGGUCACCCUGACCCGGCCCACCCUAACAGGGACCCUGGCAGUGCUGGUUCUGCCCCUCGAAGGGGCUGUGAGCAAAGCAGGAAGGAGCUGGUCUCCUUUAUUUGGGCCCUACCCCAGCACCUCCACCUCCGUUAAGGGCCCUAGGCCUUUAAGUCCCUGGUUGGGGGGGUGAGGGGUUUGAGACUCAGAGCCCAGGGAGCAGAGGAACAGGGCACUGGAAGGUGACAUUAGCUCAGCAUGUGACUCAGUGAUAGACCAGGCUCGAGAGGGCUGGUGUACGUGUUGUUGUUGUCGGUUUGUUGUUGCACAUUCCAGGAUAUCAGUAUUUUAACAGGUUCUAAGUGCCUUUCUAUUGUAGCUUAUGUUUUUCCUCCUCUUGGCUCCAUUGCUGUUAGCAUAGAGUUUAAAAAAAAAAAAGAGAUAAGCUAAUGACUAUAACAAUAUAUUCCUCCAUGUGAGAGGAAGUUUAUAAAGAAACAAUAAAAGUGAGUUGCAAAGAUG